AAACAAAUGGACGAGGCCGAGUUCAGGCGGCUGAUGAACGACCUGGACCACAACAAGGACAGCGAGGUGGAUUUCAAGGAGUACGUUUGCUUCCUGGCCUGCAUCACCAUGGGCUUCAACGAGUUCUUCAAGGACGACCCCAGCAAGCAGCACCGCAGGAAGUGA